AUGGCCGCUGCCGGCUAUGUCCAGACCUCCCUCAUAUGGGUCGCCUACGCCGUAGCAGUUGUCCUCGCCUUGAUAGCUGCUGCCAUCACCACCUUCACCUGGCAGACUCCCCGCGAGAGAUCCGUAAUCGUCAGUACGGUCGCCAUCAUCAGCAUCACCGCUCUCCUUGCCACCGUCUUCCUCCUGCCCGUCGACAUCGCCCUCGUUUCCUCGACAGCAUCCACUGCCCUCGGUGCGAAGAAGGAUUGGGCCACUCCGGGUCGAGUUAGAAACAUCCUCUUUACGCUCAAGGUCGUCUACUACUCGCUAUACAGCUUCGACGCGCUGCUAUGUCUCAUUGUCAUACCCUUCUCCUACUUCUGGUACGAGGAAUACGAUGAGGUGGAGGAGCAGGAGGGAAACCAGACAUUCGGGAGCAGACUCUGGGGUGCUUUCAAGUACACCAUCGCCUUUAUAUUCCUCGUCGUCAUCAUCUUCCUUAUUGGCUUCUUCGUGCCUGCUGCCGGAGACCGAAGCGGCAAACACCUCGACCUCGACUUCUUCAAGAGACUGUUGGAUGAGAACCAUGGCGAGAAGGCCUUGACCUUUGGGUUGGGACUUCUGAUAACACUCGGAACGCUGUUGUACGUCCUCUACACUGGCGCUGGUCUGGCCCUUUUGCCUGUCUCGUUCAUCAAAUCGGCGCCUUCUGUCUCGGCACCGCAACUUUCGGAAAACACGGCAUCGCAGCUCGAACAGAACAGGGAGCGUCAGAGACAGCUGGAAAUGCGCAGUGCUGGCCGCUCAGAGGGGAUGCCUACCAAGGACAGGCGCGAACUGGAGGCACUCGCUCGCGAAGAACGAACAUUGGUGCGAAGGGAGCGAUUGGCUGCCGAAGCCCAAGGCGAAGGCAAGAGUGCUAUCGUGCGAGCCUGGACCAAGUUCUGUGCCGUUUUCCGACCGCUCAAGCUCAUCGGAGGCAUCCUCCUCAUCUUGUUGGCACUUCUGGUCUGGGUUUCGAUGUUGAUUACCGGCAUUGAUAAAGCCGCGAACUCGAUCUGCAAGCAACACUGCGGCUACAUCCUCGCUCAUAUGAACGUCUUCCAGCCCGUCAAUUGGAUCUUUGUUCAGACCGCCAAGGCAUUCCCGGUUGAUUAUAUCCUCAUGGCCUUCUUGAUCCUGCUGUUCUUCAGCAGUUCUAUCUCGGGGAUCGCCACAAUCGGAAUUCGCUUCCUCUGGCUCCGCAUCUUCGAAAUCCGCAAGGGCAAGACCGCGCCCCAGGCCCUCUUGAUGACCACCGUCAUGCUGGCCCUCAUCACGCUUGCUAUCAAUUAUGCUAUGGCCAUGAUAGUAGCACCACAGUAUGCGACAUACGGUACGCAGACCUUUUGUGAUCUUCCUCCGCACCACCCAGACGAGCAACCCGACUGCACCAACCACCACGAGGCCGUGAAGCCGUGUUCCGAAUGGGUCAACUCGCACAGCGCCAUGGCGGUCUGCACCCCGACCGUCAUGUCGACAUUCUUGAACCGCAUUACUCUGAACUGGCCCGUUUUUGGUGCUGUCGACUUCUGGGCGCAAUUCGCGUUCCUGGGCGUGUUCUUGAUAGUGUUCUUGACCUCGCUGUUCCGCACCCCGCGCCUGAACCUCAGCGACAUGGACGAGGAGGCUGAGGCAGACGAGGAAGAGGGUUUGCUGGCGAGCACGGGUCGACGCUUUGGUGCGACCUGGCAAGACAUCACGGGCAGGACAAAUCACAGCACCGACGGUCCAGGUGUCGAUAGCCAUGUUUCAGGCUAG